GCACCCAUGCACAUAAACACGCACACUUACACAUACACGCAAACACACUCACACAGAUGAAUACACGCAUUAACACUGAACACGCUACCGCGGCAACACCCAAGACAGAAGAAUACAAUAAAAUAUUAUUCUCCUGUCUUGGGCAACGCACACUGUCGACAACUGUAUUGCUUCUUUGAAAUGUUUGUUCUUUUGAUUUCCCCUUUGUUUUAAAUGCCAAAUGCAUUAGAAAGAACAAAAAAAUUGCCGUAGAUCUAGUUUAGGUGCCUAUGUCAAGUAACUUGAAUUUAUGCUGGACACUGGACAAAAAUGAAAUCGAUCUGAAACAACACAAUCUACACUUAUCCCCGGCAAUGAGUUAAUUUAAGUUUUCCCUCGAAAGAGGAUGGAUGUUGUUCAGGGGAGACUAACUUAUACGUUUUGAAUUAAUUAUAUUUCGGGAGUACUCUCCCUUCUAACAUUGUGCAUUGUGCUUCCGUGUUGUGAUUUGUAAUGUUGUGUUGUGUGUGUCUGUGUGUUUGGCAUUUGGCGGAUUGGGGUCUGGUUGUGUCGCAAUAAUCUUGACGCAGGGCAGAUUGUGUCAAAAUAGUGUCGCAAUCUUACUUAUUGAAUUAAAAAGAAAAACCCCAGACUGUUCAAACUAGAUCUAUAGAUCUAGAUCUAAUCUAGACUCUAGACUAUAUUUAGAAUCAGAAGUCAAAAGUGGUUCUGACACUACUCUACACAACACAGAUUGAAGAUCAUGUAUCACAUCAACAGUGGGAUAGACCGAAAGCUUCAGCUUUUUCUUUGGAAUCUUCUUGCAUUGCUUCCUCUUGUGCUGAGCGCCCCUACUGAUGAUGGUAAUGCUCUUGGUGACAGUGGAACUUUGCAGUCAUUGACAUCGGACAACAUUGCACUGGGAGUAAUUGUUUGUGUUGUUGUAUUCCUACUAUUGGUGGUGGUUGCGGUUCCCGGCUGUAUGGACUGCAUGAACUCCGAGGUAAGCUCAGAGAGUCACCCAGCCUGUGGUGACACCUCCCGCAAAUGGGGCGGGGCCGUAGACUACACCCCGGCCGAUAGCCGCAACCCCGGGGCCGGGUUCACUACCGGAGAGGUUGUCAACCCGUCUGACCCGUACAAUCAACAGCUGCCCUACGCUAUGAUUCCCACCCAAGUUCCAGAACAGGCAGGCUUUGUGGGUUAUCAGAGUGGUGUGGGUGGUGACGGAGGGUUGGCAGGCUACAGUGCGGGCCCAGGCCGGCAUCCCAGUGGCAGUGAACAGCACCAGCAGCAGCAGCACAGGCACUAUAACCCUAUGAGUCCCGAGGACCCGCCUCCUGCAUAUACUGAUGCUGCGUUCUGAAUGUAUUAUAUAUUUAUACAUAAAUAUAUACUAUGAUCAGGGUUAACAUAGUUCAUUCUUCAAAAUACAUUCUUACAAAACAUUACAAAAAUUUUUGUUUGAUUCCGAAGAGACUGGCCCAUUUCCCCAUGAAGAUCUUGUCAUCGAGUACAUAAGUCAUAAAUGUUUUUGAAAUCAGAAACAAUACAAAGCUGGAAAAAAAAGUAGGAAGAGAAUCGUUGAAUGAAAAUAGAAUGAGACCUUCCAAAUCACUUAAAACUCUGUGUGUGUGUGUAUGUGUGUGUGUGUGUGUGUGUUUUAUGUGUGUUUUAUGUGUGUUUUCGAGAGAGAAAGACACAAAGAGAGAGAGAGAGAGAGAGAGAGAGAGAGAGAGAGAGAGAGAGAGAGAGAGAGAGAGAGAGAGAGAGAGAGAGAGAUUCUCUCUGAAGAGACCUUUUGCUUAUUUUUAUGUCUUUCAUGAACUUGUUUCCUGUGAUGUAAUAUAAUGCAAUAUAAUUGUGGUAGUGGUGAGUGUUAUUGACCAUGCACAUUGAUUUUGACAUCCUUAAGAUUUGAAAGACAAAAAUGUUUUCUUAAAAAGAAGUGUGAGUGAAGCUUUUAUCAAUUUGGAGUUUUAAUUGAUUUUACAUUUUCACAGAAAACUCUGAAGGUUUCUGAUGUCAUUUACAAUUUAAUGCACCCUCGGUCAGCUGUGUACUGUUUUGUGGACUAAGUUCUGAUGUGCUCUUUCCAAGCUGUGUUGUACUUUCAGGUGACAAGGUUUGCUGAACAUUGAGUAGUAACUUUUUAUGCCGUUUUUUUUUUGUGGUGGUUUUUUCUUGUCUUCUUCACAUCAUUGUUUCUCAAGGAUGUUAGGAUUAUGGCAUGCUUGAAAAUAUUAUUUGGUCUGUUUUAAAUUGUUGUGCUGUCAAAAUGUCCCCAGUUGGUGUGCGCAGGAUAAGUGUGCUUGGUUUGAAUCCUGUAAAGCUAAAAUUGGUAGAUUUAUAUAAUUGAUGUUAUUAACAGUUUCAGCACUUUCUACUUCCACAAUUCUGCGCACAGUGUCUUGCAGUCUGGCACAUAUGCUGCAACUUUAAUACCAUUUGUUCAGUGCUUCCAAAUUCUUAUGAAAUGGGCAUUUGAUAAGUUCCUCCUUUCAACUGCAUUGUAUAAUACUAUCAUGUGUACAGUUUCUGAAAAAUCAGGGGUACGAAUGUUUCUUUUGUAUGUGCAUGAGUUCUAAGUUGUCAUCAAUGUGUUUUUGUUUAUGAGGUAUGGGGACCCGACAAAGAAUUAAAACUGUCUUUUUUGUUUUCUUUUCUUUCAUUAUAAAA